AUGCUUGUUUAUUUGUUAAAUGGUUCUCAGGUUGAAGCGUCAACUGAAUAUGUUUACACAGUGAAUGAUGGACCGAGGCGUUUCAUAAUAGAUUUGAAGAAGAAAACUUGCAGCUGCAGGAUGUUCCAACUAGACGAGAUACCGUGUUCUCAUGCAUGGGCAGUAUUGAAGAAUAAAAAUUUGAUUCGAUGUAUAUUGUUCGGAUUUAUUCAAGCCGGAAACAUUGUGAACACAUAUGAUGUGCCGAUUGAUCCUCUUCCCGAUGAGACCGAGUGGAAUGUUCCUAAAAGUAUAUUAGAUGAAGUUGUUAUGCCACCGAUCUAUAAGAGACCCCACGGGACGCCAAAAAAGAAGAGGGACAAGCCAUUACAGGAGUUGAUGAUUGGUAAACGCAGAAAUUCGUGCGGUAAAUGUGGACGUCUUGGUCAUAAUAGGCGUUCGUGUGAUAAUCCGCCGCUCAAUAAGAAGAAUAAAUAA